GCCAUUGCACCAUUGCUAGUUUAAAAAAAAAAAUAGUUAUAUUAUAAAGAACUUGCACAAAGCACUUGAAAAAUUAAGUCACAAAAAAAGCAUGGAGCAUAAUUUCUAUCUCUCCCUUCUCCUUCUUUUUAUCUCUCUCGUUUCUCUCUCCCUAUUUUUCCUCUUCUACAAACACAAAUCACCAUGGAACUUACCACCGGGAAAAAUGGGUUAUCCGGUAAUCGGUGAAAGCCUUGAAUUCUUAUCCACCGGAUGGAAAGGACAUCCUGAAAAAUUCAUUUUCGACCGUAUGAUUAAAUAUUCCUCCGAACUCUUUAAAACAUCAAUCCUAGGACAACCUACGGUAGUGUGUUGUGGAGCCGCAUGUAACAAAUUUUUGUUUUCAAAUGAGAAUAAGUUAGUGACGGUUUGGUGGCCCGAAAGUGUAAUUAAAAUUUUCCCAACUUCAUUACAAACAAAUUUUAAGGAAGAAUCAUUGAAGAUGAGAAAAUUAAUUCCUCAAUUUCUUAAACCCGAAGCUUUACAACGUUACGUUGGUAUAAUGGAUUCAAUUGCUCAAAAACACUUUGCUUCACUUUGGGAGAACAAAACGGAAGUCACCGUUUACCCGUUGGCCAAGAGGUAUACCUUUCUAUUGGCUUGUCGUUUGUUCAUGAGCGUGGAAGAUGAGAAUCAUGUAGCAAAAUUUAGCGAUCCAUUCCAUUUAUUGGCGGCUGGAAUAAUAUCUCUACCAAUAGAUUUGCCGGGAACACCAUUCAACAAAGCUAUAAAGGCCUCAAACUUUAUAAAGAAGGAGUUGUUGAAGAUAAUAAGACAAAGGAAAAUGGAUUUGGCAAAAGGAGUAGCAUCAGCAACACAAGAUAUAUUGUCACACAUGUUAUUGACAUGUAAUGAAAAUGGAGAGUUUAUGAGUGAACUUGAUAUUGCCGAUAAGAUACUUGGCCUUUUGAUAGGAGGACAUGACACUGCUAGCGUCGCAUGCACUUUCAUUGUCAAAUAUCUCGCCGAUUUACCUCACAUUUAUGAUACAGUUUUUCAAGAGCAAAUGGAAAUUGCAAAAUCAAAAUCCCAGGGAGAGUUGUUGAAUUGGGAUGACUUAAAGAAAAUGAGAUACUCUUGGAAUGUAGCUUGUGAAGUAAUGAGAGUUGCCCCUCCACUCCAAGGAGGUUUCAGGGAAGCUAUCACUGACUUUAUGUUCAAUGGGUUCUCAAUUCCUAAGGGAUGGAAGCUUUAUUGGAGUGCAAAUUCAACACAUAAGAACCCAGAAUGUUUUCCCAUGCCAGAGAAAUUUGACCCAACAAGAUUUGAAGGAAAUGGGCCACCUCCUUACACUUAUGUACCAUUUGAUGGAGGACCAAGGAUGUGCCCUGGAAAAGAGUAUGCAAGAUUAGAAAUACUAGUUUUCAUGCACAAUUUAGUUAAAAGGUUCAAGUGGGAAAAAUUGAUUCCAGAUGAGGAAAUUGUUGUUGACCCCUUCCCUAUUCCUGCAAAGGACCUCCCAAUUCGCCUUUAUCCUCACGAUGCUUAAAAAAACAAAUUCAAUUUGGCUUGUACAAGUCCUUGGUACUGUUAUACAUACACAAUAAGUACAUGUAUAUCCCAAAUAUUUCUCUUCCUGUA